GCCUAAGGUGGAGACUCUUCCCAUCUGGGUGAGGUUCUCUGGCAUCCCGUUGGAGUAUAAUUCCCUUGAGGGGUUAGAGUGGUUCGUGAGUACUGUGGGUCUGCCACUUCAUAUGGAUAUGUCAACUAGAAUUGGGGCUCAGCUCGGCGUUGCUAGGGCUUGCCCGGAGAUGAGUGCUAAUUAGGGGUUCCCCAGCUUGGUUCGUUUGUAUCUUGAUGAGGAAUCGGAUUUUGAGGUGAGUGUGGUGUAUAGCCAUCUGCCUCCUAUUUGUCCUAACUGUGAGAUGUUUGGUCAUAAUUUUCUAAGCAACUGCUACAAUGGUAAGGUUUGGGUUCAGAAAGCUAAGCAAAGCAAGAAAUCAGAUAAGGUUUCAAAUCCUCAGGUAGUUUCUGAAGGGGAGGUAGUGAAGGAAGUGCCCAAUCUUGUCAUGGAUAAAGGAAAGGCUAUUGUCACUGAAGCUGAUUCUGUGAGUUCGUCAUCCCUGUUUGAAAGUGGGGGAAGCAAUGUAUUUCAUGUUCUUGGGGGUGUUGAACCAGAGCGGGUUUUGAUAGAGUCCUCUCCCAUUGGUACAAUGAGUUUUGCAAAGGUGGUUCGUGGGUCACCUUUUAGUUUAGGGAGCUCCAAUCCUGCUCUGCAAGUAGAUCCUGUGGAGUCAGAUUUCUCUGCUGUGGCCACUCUUGCAGAUCAGGGAGAGACAGCUCCUGAGGCAGAGAUGAGGUUCCAUUCGUUGGGUAAGAAGAAAGUAGGAAAGGGUGGUGGAAAAGUUGGAGGAGGGAUCGAGGUAGAAUAAAGAGAUGAAUACAUUAACUUGGAAUAU